AUGAGGAAGAAACUGCUAACUCUACGGGAGUCCCAUGAGUUUGUGGAGAAAUAUGAGGGAGCUCUUGGGAAAGGAAAGAGCAGAAAAUUGUAUGCAUAUAAAGUCAUGAUGUUGAAGAAAUGGAUGAAGUUUCAGAGGGACUUUGAAAACUUCAAAACUGCUUGUGUUCCAUGGGAGAUGAAAAUCAAAGAGAUUGAGAGCCAUUUUGGCUCCUCGGUUGCCUCCUACUUCAUAUUCCUGAGGUGGAUGUAUGGCAUCAACAUGAUCCUCUUUGGGCUGACGUUUGGUCUGGUCAUGGUGCCAGAGGCUCUGAUGGGCAGGCCGUAUGGUAGCAUGCCCAGAAAGACUGUCCCUAGAGCUGACGAAGCCAACGCCAUGGACUUUGCUGUCCUAUGGGACUUUGGGGGCUACGCCCAGUAUUCUGUCCUCUUUUAUGGCUACUACAACAGCCAGCGCGCCAUUGGCUGGCUCAAGUUCCGCAUGCCCCUCUCCUACUUCCUGGUUGGCGUGGGAACUGUGGCCUAUAGCUAUAUGGUUGUGAUAAGGACUAUGGCCCGGAAUGCUAAUGAGGACGGGGGCGGAGACAACAACAGCUUCAAUUUCAGCUGGAAGAUGUUCACCAGCUGGGAUUACCUCAUCGGCAACCCUGAGACAGCCGACAACAAGUUUGCCUCCAUCACCACCAGCUUUAAGGAGGCCAUUCUGGAGGAACAGGAGAGCAGGAAGGAUGACAACAUCCACUUGACUCGUUUUCUGCGGGUUCUGGCCAACUUCCUGGUGCUGUGCUGUCUAGCAGGAAGUGGAUAUCUCAUCUACUUUGUGGUGCGUCGCUCCCAGAAGUUUGCUUUAGAGGGUCUGGAGAGCCAUAGCUGGUGGGAGAGGAAUGAGGUGAACAUGGUGAUGUCUCUCCUGGGGAUGUUCUGUCCCAUGCUGUUUGAUGUGAUCAGUGCACUAGAGAACUAUCACCCCCGCAUUGCUCUACAGUGGCAGCUGGGACGCAUCUUCGCCCUAUUCCUGGGGAACCUCUACACCUUCAUCAUCGCACUCAUGGAUGAGAUCAACCUCAAACGGGAGGAGGAGGAGGUGCUGAAGCUUAAUAUGACUAUAUGGGAGGCCAGUCUGUAUAAUGGGACCCUGGGAGCGAAUAGCACAGCUCCUCCCAUCACCGUCCACCCUGCCGACAUCCCACGAGGACCCUGCUGGGAAACCAUGGUGGGACAGGAAUUUGUCCGACUCAUUGUGUCGGAUACUAUGACAACCUACAUCACGCUUCUGAUCGGGGACUUCUUGCGUGCUGUGCUGGUGCGUUUCCUCAACUACUGCUGGUGUUGGGACUUGGAGGCUGGAUUUCCCUCCUACUCAGAGUUCGAUGUCAGUGGGAAUGUCCUGGGCCUGAUCUUCAACCAAGGAAUGAUAUGGAUGGGUGCGUUCUAUGCCCCGUGCCUGCCUGCUCUGAACGUGCUGAGACUGCAUGUGUCAAUGUACCUGCAGUGCUGGGCCGUCAUGUGCUGUAAUGUUCCUCAGGAGAGGGUGUUCAAGGCCUCGGGCUCCAACAACUUCUACAUGGCUAUGCUACUGGUCAUCCUUUUCCUCUCAACACUGCCCGCCAUCUACACCAUAGUCACUAUCCCCCCCUCCUUCGACUGUGGCCCCUUCAGUGGGAAGAGCCGCAUGUUUGAUGUGAUCCAGGAGACGCUGGAAUCUGAUUUCCCUGCCUGGUUUGGGAAGGUGUUCAGCUACGCCUCCAACCCUGGCCUGGUGCUGCCUUUCCUACUGCUGAUGGUUUUGGCCAUUUAUUACUUGCAGUCUACAUCCAAAAGCUACAAGCAAGCCAACCUGGAGUUAAAGAAGAAGCUUCAAACCCAAAAUGAAGAGAAUAAGAAGAAGACUAAAAUGGCAGCACUGAAAGCUGCCAUGGAUUUAGAGGAGGCUCAAAAAGCUCGUUCAGAAGCACCACGGCAACAGAGAAACAACAACGCCUCUCAGCGAUCUUAUACGGGUGAGAAGAAUACUGUGACAGGACAUUUAAAGGGUGGGGAACACAGAGCACAUCAAGGAAAGAGAGAUCAUCAAAUUCCCCCUUCUGCCACCAGCCCCCCGGCCCCGAGGGGCCACAGAAUCCCUGGGCCCCUACCAGGUCACCAGUGGCAACCAGCACCCACUGUUCAGAGGGUUCCAAACUCCCAGAGACACUGAGUAUGACUGCUGUUACAGAUGUGGAAAUGGCAAGCACUUUAUAGACAGACACAGACCUCCCCGUAUAUACAAACGUCACUCUGAUUUCAGAGGCAGACUGACAGUAAAAGACUGCUGAAGUAACUUUAACACCAGAGGUAUC